CGUGAGUCAGCCGCUGUGUUUCCGGGUUUGAUUUGGCCCUACAGGAGAGACGUGAUGAUCGAAACCGAUCAGUAGGGAAUCGAUGAGCUGCCGUGUGACGUCAUUCAGUUGGCAUUCGAUGAGCCGGUGUGACGUCAUGUCCAAACAGAAGAGCUUUGUUAAAAGUCCGAUCCUCCCAGACGGAGACGAGCAGCUGGACCCUCAGGACCUGAACCCAUUCUCCUUCAGAGAGUUCCUCCGCUCGAAGAACCAGGAUCAGGACCCGGAGCAAGACCUGAGCCAGGUUGUCCAGCUCCAGUCUGCAGCUGAGGAAGAGGAUGAAGAUGAAGGAGGACAGGACAUGAGCCUGACCUUUGACCCUGAGGUCAGGAGCUGUUUCUUCUUGAGACCCUCUCUGGCUCUACAGGAGGAGGCAACGGAGAGGUGGGGGCGGAGCCUCAAGUCAGGUGUAGCCGGCAUGUCAUUCUUCUGCACAGAGGAAGAGGAGACCAGGUUCUCCUGCAAACCCGAGGACCAGCAGGGAGGAGGAGCAGCAGGAGAAGAAGCAGCAGGAUGGGCAAGAGAAGGAGCAGCAGGAGGAGCAGCAAGAGAAGGAGCAGCAGGAGGUGCAGAAGAAGCAGGAGCGGCAGGAGGAGGGGCAAGAGAAGGAGCAGCAGGAGGUGACAAGACCUCCAUUGCUGGAGCAGUCACCUCCUGCAGCAGGAGCCAGAUCCAGCAGAUGGAGGAGGAGAACCUCUCCUUGAGGAGGUCCAUGAGGGAGCUUCAGAGGAGAUCAGAUGCCAAUGAGCGCAGGGUUCUGGAGCUGUCUGAGGAACUGGUCCAGAUGAGGCGCCAGGAGGAGAAGGAGGCCCAGGACCUGGAGAGCAUGGUUCAGUCUGUGGAGCAGAACCUCCGCCUGAUGACUAAGCGAGCAUUGAAAGCAGAGGGCUGUGUUUCCAAACUGAAGGUGGAGGUCGACUCUCUUCAGUCGGAGAACGACAGUCUGAAAGCAGCAGAGUCAGAAAUCGUCAUGACGAUGAGAAACAAUGCUCAGGUGGCGUCUGAGUACCUGAACAAGACAGCAAGCCACGCCCACUCCUCAAUCCGUCAGCUGUUGGGGGAAACAGAAACUCUCUGUCUGGUCUCUCAAUUGCUGAAGUCCAUCGACAAGAUCUCCGAGCUUGACUCAGAGUCCUGAACUCUUCCUGCCCCUCACAUUUUCGUUGGACCUCCUCCAGCCCCUCAGAUCCUCUUUGGACCUCCUCCAGCCCCUCAGAUCCUCUUUGGACCUCCUCCAGACCCUCAGAUCCUCUUUGGACCUCCUCCAGCCCCUCAGACAUCCUCCAGAUGGGACGACGUGGUUUUCCCUCUGAUCAAAGUAGCUAAAAGACUUCUGGCUGCUGAUUGGUCGGUUUGUUUGUAUUUACAGAAUUAUAAAAAAAUAUAAAACAGCU